AUGUUGGAGCCGCACCGUCGCGUUGCGUCGCCGAGAUAUUAUGCGUUGAAUGGGGCUGGCUACCAAUUCGAGAGGAAGCAAGAGAAGGGGAGGAGACUAGAGAAUCAAGUGAACGUCUUAAAGAAAUUCCUCCGUCUACUGUUUGGACACCGCCACCUCCGCCACCUACAAAAUAGACAAGACGGUCUAAGCAAUGGAAGGGGCUGGCUACCAAUUCGAGAGGAAGCAAGAGAAAGAGAGGAAGAAAGAGCAAGAGAGGAAGCUAGAGAAAGAGAGGAAACAAGAAAAGGAGAGGCGGAAAGAGAAUCAACGGAACCUCGUAAAGAAAUCUCUCAGUCUCCUGUUUUAACAGCGCCUCCUCUACCGCCUUCUCCACCGCCUCCUCCAUCGCCUCCUUCAUCGCCUCCUUCAUCGCCUCCUCCAUCGUCUCCUCCAUCGCCUACAAAAUAG